AUGAAUAAAUAUAAAAUAAUCUUUCAUAAAAUUUUUAAAAGUAUAGUUAACAAAGUAGAUUUUAAAACUUCUAUACGAGAAUUACAGGCAGUAUAUACCGAGAAAGUAAUUGAAUCAUAUAUUUUUUCAUUAUUAAUAUCAAAAUCUAUCAUUACAAGAGACACGUGGAAGACUAGAAAUUUUUCAAUACAUUCUUAA